CUGCCCGGGCCGGCCCGGCUGCCAUGCCUUGAGGCUCCCGGCGGCUCCCAUGGCGGUGGCGCGGAAAAUCAAAACUUUGUUGACGGUGAACAUCCUGGUCUUCGUGGGGAUCAUCCUCUUCUCCGUGUACUGCCGGCUGCAGGAGCGCUCCCCGGAGCUGGUGCAGAUCGUCCGGAGCGCCGACCGCCGGCUCAGGAGCCGCCACGCCAAGGGGCUGGGCGGCCUGAGCGAGCGGGAGUCCAUCCUGCAGCGCCUGGACCACCUGGAGGAAGUGGUGUACAACCAGCUCAAUGGUCUAGCCAAGCCCAUGGGACUAGUUGAAGGUCCAGGAGGCUUGGGCCAGGGAGGAAUGGCUGCCACCUUGAGAGAUGACAGUCAUGAAUCUGAGACUAAGUAUGAAGAAUAUGGUUACAAUGCCCAGCUCAGUGACAGGAUAUCACUGGAUAGGUCCAUUCCUGACUACAGACCAAAAAAGUGCAAACAGAUGACCUAUUCCGAUGACCUGCCCCAGAUCUCGGUGGUCUUUAUUUUUGUAAACGAAGCUCUGUCUGUCAUCUUGCGCUCAGUGCACAGUGUUGUGAACCAUACUCCAUCCCAUUUGAUCAAGGAGAUCAUUCUGGUGGAUGACAACAGUGAUAACGUUGAGCUGAAGUUUAAUCUGGACCAGUAUGUCAAUAAGAGAUACCCAGGCCUGGUGAAGAUAGUACGCAAUAACAAACGGGAAGGAUUGAUUCGAGCCAGAAUCCAAGGCUGGAAAGCAGCAACUUCUCCGAUCGUUGGUUUCUUCGAUGCUCAUGUUGAGUUCAACACUGGCUGGGUGGAACCAGCGCUUACCCGGAUCAAAGAAGAUCGAAAGCGAAUCAUCCUACCAGCUAUUGACAACAUCAAGUACAACACUUUCGAAGUGCAGCAGUACGCCAAUGCUGCCCAUGGCUACAACUGGGGACUCUGGUGCAUGUAUAUAAUCCCACCCCAGGACUGGCUCGAUAAAGGGGACGAGUCUGCUCCUAUCAGGACACCAGCAAUGAUUGGAUGUUCGUUUGUGGUGGACCGAGAGUACUUCGGGGAGAUUGGCCUGCUUGACCCUGGCAUGGAGGUCUAUGGGGGAGAAAAUAUUGAACUGGGCAUGAGGGUCUGGCAGUGUGGAGGAAGCAUGGAAGUGUUACCUUGCUCGAGAGUUGCCCACAUUGAGCGCACAAAGAAACCUUACAACAAUGACAUCGAUUACUAUGCAAAGCGCAAUGCCCUGCGAGCUGCUGAGGUCUGGAUGGAUGACUUCAAGUCACAUGUUUACAUGGCAUGGAACAUCCCAAUGACG